AGAGAUGAGAAGGGAGGCGGGAGAGCGCCGCGCUUCAGGUCCGCCCCCAAGUUGCAGCACGAGCCAUUUAGCGGUACGAGCUGGGCCAGCUGUAGAGCGCGCGGGCGCGUGUACGUGCCCCCUCUCUACCCCCACGAGGAGAAAAUCGCUACCAAAUACAGACCCGAGCGCAUGCGGAGCGAUGGCUGCAGCGGGAGCAGCACUGGAUUGUGUUUUUACGACGCAGAGCACGAGAUAUUAGCGGAAUAACCUCGAGACGAACGGACACCGAUCGCACCUUGUUUUUUAAAGCUCAGUCAUUCGCACAGUGUCUAACGAGUGAGGCUACAUCGUCUCGGUCCGGUACUCUGUGACGUUCGGUUAAUCGUUGUUUUGAAGCGCGACUGCAAAGGAAACACAUUCGGCGCUUGUCGUUAUUACAAAUGAGAAGCACGAGCAAACCGUAGGAACGAUUUGCUUGCUUUCAAAUCAUCGCGCACGCGACGCCUGUGUGCUGUAACUGGAACUGAGAGCGGCCCAGCAGCCCCGGUGCCGUUUCCAUCCAGCUGCGCUGCACUUCAAGCGGGGGAACCUGAGAGCAUCUCUCCAUCCCCUUCUCCCUGUCCGCCCCCCCUCUUCCCCCUCUCUGUGUCUCUUUUAUCCCAUCAUACCACCACAGCUCGAGGGGGACUCCUCUGUAGUCGGGGAUAACGGGGGAGGAGGGAGGCUGUUCGUGCCCGCGGUAGACGCACCCUCCGCGUGGUGAGGCUGUGCUGAAGCGCCGCUGUGUCGGAGGAUGCUGCGGGAGUAGAGCGGCUCAAAGCAUAAGAUGGGGAAGGACCAAGAACUGCUGCAGGCGGUGAAGACCGAGGAUCUGCUCACCGUGCAGAAGCUGCUGCAAAGGCCCCGGCCAGGGAAAGCAAAGCUCCUCGGUUCUGCGAAGAAAGUAAACGUCAACUUCCAGGAUACAGACGGGUUUUCCCCGCUGCAUCAUGCUUCUCUUAAUGGCAACGUGGAACUCAUCUCACUGCUGCUGGAGUCCCAGGCUGCAGUUGACAUCAGAGACCAGAAAGGUAUGCGGCCGCUGCACUACGCAGCCUGGCAAGGAAAGGCAGAGCCUAUGAAGAUGCUGCUGAAGUCUGGUUCAUCUGUCAACGGCCAAUCAGAUGAGGGACAGAUUCCUCUUCACCUGUCAGCGCAGCAUGGCCACUACGACGUGUCUGAGAUGUUGCUGCAACACCAGUCCAACCCCUGUAUCGUAGAUAACGCUGGGAAGACUCCUCUGGAUCUGGCCUGUGAGUUCGGCAGAGUUGGGGUGGUCCAGUUGUUGCUGUCGAGCAACAUGUGUGCCGCUCUGCUGGAGCCCAAGAAAGGAGACACUACAGACCCCAACGGGACAUCUCCUCUCCACCUAGCUGCAAAGAACGGACACAUAGACAUUAUCAGACUGUUGAUACAAGCAGGCAUUGACAUCAACAGACAGACCAAAGCAGGCACUGCCCUGCAUGAAGCCGCCCUCUGUGGCAAGACCGACGCAGUGAGACUCCUACUGGACAGUGGUAUUAAUGCCACAGUGAGGAACACUUACAGCCAGACUGCGCUGGAUAUCGUCUACCAAUUUACAGCAACACAAGCCAGCAGAGAGAUCAAACAACUGCUGAGAGAUGCAUCAGCAGCCCUUCAGGUUCGGGCCCUGAAAGAUUACUGCAAUAACUAUGACCUGACAAGCCUCAACAUCAAAGCUGGCGACGUUAUUACGGUUUUGGAGCAGCACCCCGAUGGACGCUGGAAGGGCUGUAUCCAUGACAACCGAACAGGAAACGACAGAGUCGGCUACUUCCCUUCGACCAUGGUAGAGGUUAUCAGCAAACGAACAGGUUUGGCCAGCACAGUCAUUUGCACUCAGCAGUUUCAAAAGAUACCGCUGGUUCCCCCGGCAACGGUUGCCCCUGCCAACGCGGUAGUCAACGGCAACGACACCACGUUCCAUCAGAUCCAUAUCCUGCCUCCACCGCCUCCUCCUCCACCACAUUCCCAUCAGCCACUGCUUCCACUUUUCACUUCCUUUGGCUAUAACAGGUCGCCUGUGACGACCCCACAGGGAGAAACACCCACUGCCCCAGGUUGUCGCGGCUCAGAGGCAAGUCCUCACAGCUCUCCCACCCCAUCCAGCGGGCCCCAUGGAGGCUCCAACGAAGAGAUCUGGGUACUGCGCAAGCCAGCGGCAGGUGGAGACCGCAGCAGCGUGGGGAGUUCUGGCAGCGUGACGAGUGUGAGGUCAUCAGGCAGCGGUCAGAGUGCCGGGAGCGCCGCUCACAUCCUCCAUGCACAGGCUGAAGGGGUUAAGCUUUUAGCCACAGUUUUGUCCCAGUCUGCUAAAGCCAAGGAGCAUUUACUGGAGCAAUCCAAGUCUGUGGACCAACCUGCAGGUUCUGCCACCUCCUCUCGGACAUCAAGCCAAUCGGGCUGUCCACUUCAUGAAGCGCCGCCUUACGAUGCCACGGCAACCAGGAAGGGGGAGGGGCCUGGAGAGGGGAAGAGCUCAGAGGCCGUUGUCCAAUGGCUGAGCGACUUUCAGCUGCAGGUCUACGCUCCAAACUUCCUGGGCGCUGGGUAUGACUUGCCCACCAUAAGCCGAAUGACCCCUGAGGAUCUGACAGCCAUUGGAAUAACAAAACCUGGUCACAGAAAGAAGAUGACAUCUGAGAUUAACAAGCUAAAUGUCACAGAGUGGCUGCCUGAGAAAAAACCUGCCAGUCUAGGAGAAUGGCUGUCUGCUAUUGGUCUGAGCCAGUACCACCAAGUGUUAGUGCAGAAUGGUUACGAGAACAUUGACUUCAUCACUGACAUCACUUGGGAGGAUCUUCAGGAAAUAGGCAUCACCAAGCUGGGCCACCAGAAGAAGUUGAUGCUGGCAGUGAAGCGUCUGGCUGAAAUGCAGCGCAGUUCCGAGGGACGGAGCUCUCCCAGGAAGAGGCCCCCGCCAAUCACACAGCAGCAAGAAGUCAUGUCGGUGGACAGCCCUCCUCCAGACGAGCUCAUGUCUCCAAAGAUGAGUACCUUCCAGGACAGCGAAUUAAGCACUGAGCUGCAGAGUGCCAUGAUCCAGCCAGGUCAGGAGGUCAAAGUUCAGCGAAGUCGGACCCUCAGCAAAGACCAUGAUGAGGUGAUGACUGUUGGGCCACCUAAGAAAGAGGCUCGCACUAUGCGACAGCAAAGCAGCCAGGGAAGCACGUCCUCCCACAAAAGCAGCGUCUCCUCCCAAGGAAAGCACCGUCACUCCCAUUCCCAUUCUCAGCCUGCUCCUCCCUACACGCCUCCUCACACCACUACCAAGACAAGGACCUCAUCUUCCUCCUCCACCUCUUCUGUCCAAAGUACAACUUCACCACAGCAAAAGCCCAAGUCAUCCUCCCAGUUCACGCAGGGAGAGAGACCCCAGUCACCCCGCUCUCAUCCCCCUCAGUCCCCCACCCAUCGCGGAGCACCAUGUCCACAGGUUCAGCCCCAACAAGUGCAGCCUCAGCACCAGGCGCUCCCUCAGCACCACCCACAGGUGCAGGGGAUGGAGGUCAGGGAGGACCAACAGGUCCCACUCCUCUGUCUGCCACCAGAGCCUGAUCUGGCUGAGGAAGAAAGCGUUGAACCCUCAGCACUCCAGAAGAAACACACCAACAGCCUCAACCGGUACGCCGUCUCGGACAGCGAGUGUGACGACAGGGCAGCGGGAGGAGGCGGCAUGGGAUGGGAAGGAGAAGUGGAGACAGCGGUAGGUCAGGGCUCUGCUGCUGUCAGAGGGGAAGGGGGUAAAUACGCCACAGUGACUCACCACGUUAGUCGCAGCCACUCCGUCCGCAACCAGGAGAAGGGCGGCAGCCGAAGUCAGACGCAGUCGUUUGCCCUGCGUCAGAAAAAAAAAGGCCCUCCCCCACCGCCACCCAAACGCUCCAGCUCCGCCAUCUCCAGCUCCCACUCCAACCUGAGCGACGCCAACACGCAGCAGCCUGCGCUCACCACCACUGGCGGGAUGCUGGAUGUGCCUUAUCACCAACAGCGGCGGGCCAGUGACCUGGGAGUGUCUGUGGAGACGGGCGUCGUGGAGACGAGCAGCGUGGGUAGUGUGAGGAGCAUCGCCGCCAUGUUGGAGAUGUCCUCUAUAGGAGGUGGAGCCAAAGCCAUGGCUAUUCAGAAGAAUUACCUACAGGUGGGGAAAACACGCGACGCCAUCGGCCUGGACGGCGAGGUCGUUAACCGGCGGCGGACCAUCAGCGGCCCCGUCUCUGAGCUGGUAGCAGCUGCCAGGCGUGACCAGCCGCCUUCGUCGGCCUUCUCUCUGGAGAUGCAGGUCGACGCCAAACCUCCCUCUGUGAAUUCCUCCUCACCCCAGCCCCCAUCCUCACCCCACCCCAGCUCUGGGGGCAGUUCAUCAGAGAACCUGCCGUUUGCAGAAGAGGGAAGUCUGACCAUCCGCCGGCAGGGACGAGGAGAAGGCGAAGGACAAGGACAGUGUGUAUUUUGUGUAUGUCUGCAGGGUGACGGCCCACAGGGAGACGGUGGUUACACCCAGGACGACCUCCCCAGGGAAGAAGCCACGUCAACCCUAAAGCGACGGCCCCGCAGCUCCAAGUCCCAAACCAACAGCUCCGACUUCACCCUGCAGGAGUCGUCCACUGUCAAACGGCGACCCAAGAGCCGCGACAAGGAGCCGGAGGGCUACACGGAGCUGCCCACCGCUAACGGGGAGCCUGCGGGGGCCAGGACGGCCAAUACCACGCAGCCAGUACCCUACCAGAACGGAACGGCCACCAUGAAACGCCGGCGGGUGUCCGAUGUUGGAGUGACGGCACAGCCCCAACAACAGCAGCAGCAGCAGCAGCAGCAGCAGCAUGUGACUGCUGCUCCACGUAGGGACAGCGUUGAUCAAGGAGCCCAGACAGGCAGUGACGGAGGACCAGUGAGAAAACCAAAGCCCCCGGUUUCUCCAAAGCCUGUAGUGGCUCAGAUAAAGAGACAAGGAGGCCCACAGACCCCCCCACAGCCAGCCUCCAACAAGAGAGUGCCCUUACCAGGUCCUGGGACGCCUGGAAGCCCAGGUACUCACAAUAUACUGCCUGUGUGUUGGGUGGAAGGAAAAAAGAUCCCACCGCCUGUGUCCCCUAAACCAACGCCGCCGCCCACAGCGCCAAAACCGGCCAAGCUGAUCCACUCCAUGACCAGCCCCCCCUCCCCAACCCCUGCCCCAGUCAAACACCACUCAGGGGUGGCCCGGCAGACCAGCUCGCCUCCCUCUUUCCCCCCUUCCAAUACUCCCAGUCCUCCGAACGCAAAGCCGUCGAGCCCGUCUUCCCAGAGCCCCCACACCCCGCAGACCCCCACCACGCCGCAGACGCCCCAGACUCCCGCCACUCCCAGCCCCACUCCGCCUCCUGUGAAGCCGCCUCGCUCCUCCAUAGGGGGCGUGUCCGUGGACAGUGGGAUGGCAGGAAGCGGGGUCACACCACCACCCCCUACCACCACCACGCCCGACUUCAGCGUGGAUUCACUGGUGCACCAGAAGCUGGAAGAGACCAGUGCAUCAUUGGCGGCAGCGCUGCAGGCCGUGGAGGAUAAAAUACUGCGACAUGAGGACUCUGUGGCUGAGCAGAAGACCACAGUCAGCAUCCUUGAUGACAUCGGCAGCAUGUUCGACGACCUGGCCGACCAGUUGGAUGCCAUGUUGGAGUAACCACAGAAACCAGUAGGCGUGUCUCAACGGCAACGCUGCAACAGAAGUGACUUAGAUGGCACAACGGGCAAUAUGCCUCUCUCCUCCUGUCUGUCUCCUUCUAUCUCUCUUUCUUCCUCUCUUCAUGCUCAUCUCUUCUCGCCCUCCACGUCGUCCGUCCAUUCGUCGCUUCUCUGAGAAGGCCUCCCCUUCUCUUCUUCCUCUGGUCGUCGACCUCUGCUAAUGAUGAGGCAGCAGCACAAGCCUGAGACAUGUGGAGUACAUAACAAUGGAUGGAUUUAGGGAGAAAUGUUGAACAAAAGCACCAAAAAUACUGAUGGUGACAGAAAAUAAAAAAGGAAGAUCACCAGAUGGGAGAGAGGAGGAAAUGCAACAAAAUGGAGGUGAUUGCAAUCCAAUCAAAACGUGGGUCUGACAAGAACUGCACGUGGACUUUAACGAAUAAUCUAAUCUAAUACUGAUUGAAAAACCAUCUGUGUAAUGAAUCAUAGUAUGGUAUGUGUACAUUCUAAGCAUGGAGAGUUUAUAUCUACUGAAAAGUCCUGCAUUAGCACAGUAAUAUAUAAUAUACUGAUAAAUAUGAAUCUCUAGCUCUUUGGUUUGGUGUCUUGGUUCUGUGUGGAAUGGUGACCUCUGGUGUUGUGAUGAUGUAAAUGACUCGGUGGAAAAAUUUAAAUCUGUGACCAAAACAGGACUAUUCUGCUCCUGAGGUAUGUGUUGUUGUGUGUGUGUGUGUGUGUGUGUGUGUGUGUGUGUGUGUGUGUGUGUGUGUGUGUGUGUGUGUGUGUGAGAGCGCAAGAGAGAGAAAGUGUAUGAGAGAUGUGUGUAUGUCAGCUUGUGACUUCCCUGUACCAGCUGCAUUCAUACACUCUGCUGCAUAGUCAUCAUUAAGCUCCAAACACACACACGCACACAGGAGAAGCACAAUGACCCAUGCAAUUAACCUUUACACACACGCACACACAGAAGUCAUAAACUGAAAUGAGGGCUGGAGGGAGGGAGAGACCUGCAGUAAGGGCUACAGGAGGCCAUCUUAAAAAGCAGAUGUUUGACAGCUGGAACAACUAGAAGUGUCUCAGGAGGUUCAGUCUGAGGGGUUAAAGGUUGAAUUAGACUUAUGCACCCAGGGUUAGAAACGUAUCUACAGGAAGCUGCUGUGUUGAACCUGUCCUCUACAGCACAUGAAUGUGAAAACAUUGUUUUAUAGAGCAGUGCAUGUAGUGACCUGAGUGACAAGCCUGAUUUUUAUACCUGUACUGGUCUAACAUCAACAUGUACCUAUGUCUAAGUAUAGAUCCAUACCUAAGUUUAAAUUUCUAGGACCUGAAGGGAAAAAACCUAAAUUGACUGAAACCCUUUCUCACACCUCAGCAGACAACCUAUCUCUCGUCCCACACACUCCCAACGACCCACUGCGUGUUGCCAUGACAAUCUACACACCCACCACCACUAUUAUCAUCCGCGUCACCAUGGUUACUAGACAGUGUGUUGCCAUGACGUGUUCAUGGAGUUUGAACUUAAAACAAAGGUAAAGUGUUGGAUGGCGUGAGCUGCAGCAGAGAAAAGUGAAGCUGGGAGUUUCGUUCAAUGUUAAGUUGCUAAAAGCGUCCAGCGAGGAGCAGUGCUCUCAGAUUCCAUUUGCACAUUGGCCCAUUAGGAAAAUACGUGUCACACUCCCAAAGCAACUAAUCUGCUUAUAUCAAGUGGUUUAAAUUAUGAUCACAUAGACAAUAUAUAUAUAUAUAUAUAUAUAUAUAUAUAUAUAUAUAUAUAUAUAUAUAUAUAUAUAUAUAUAUAUAUAUAUAUAUAUAUAUAUUUCCAAAAAAUAAGAAGUGUAUUUAUGAUGUCUUGUGUCAUCCUGAAGACUAUUUUUCAAAGGAAACAGAUCUAAUCUGAGUGUUGAAUCCAUUCUCAAGUGGUCAGAGCUGGUGAACUAUUAUAGGGAUAUUUCCAGCAAGCGCUUUUUUUUUUUACAUAUGUCCAGAUGUGGCGAUGUGUAUAAUACAAGCAGUUUGUUGUUCAGUUGUAUUAUUUUUGUAUUGUAUUAAAUGUUCGUUUCUUUUUUCUUUGAAACAUGUGCCUUGCUUUUGUGGUUUGGUCUGAUUGCAUUACAGUAAACAGGACAGAAGGUUUGUUCGGAUUUGCUUGUUAACAUGAAAGAGUCAAACCUGAACAAAACCCACAGGUGAUUUAUUGGAUUGUGCAGCAUCUGAAAUAUAUAAAGACAAAAGUUACUUUUAAAACCUUUUGUGUAGCACAUAGGUGGUGGUUUGGGGCAUUUCCAAGGCAACGCCCCCUGAUAAACCUGAGGCGAGCUAACUGUCAUGUGCCACUCACAGCCACACACUCUGCUGUUGGAACUUCGUCCUUUAUGUAACUGCAGCCUUUCUCACUCUUCCUUCAGUCUCAUUUUGGGUCAGAGGCCGUGUGGGGUCAUGCUGCAGAGGUGAGAACACAGCAGAUGGUCAGAUGUGUUGCAGACAUAAAGUCUUGCAGUUUCUUUUCUUUAAAUUAAAAGCCAAGUUGGUCUCUCUUGAUUUUCCGCCUGUGCUUAUGUGAACAGACGCCGGCCUGUUGUCUCCUCUGCUCUGCAGACUGCGUGUGAGUGCCUGAGAGGCCGAGUGUGUUAGGUAUCGCUCUGCUACUGACUGUAUGAAACCUGUGUGCGUGUGUUCUGUUGUGACUGGACAGUGGUGUGCUCGCAGUGACUGCAUCUUAUCUGCUCUGAAUAAAUAAAUAUUCUACGCAAACGGA